UUUUUUUUUUUUUCUUAGUUUUAUUUUUUAUUAUUAUUAUUUACACGACUAUAAUAAUAAAAUGAACUUUUUAUGGUCAUUUGGAACAAAAAAGGUACAACUAUUUACCCUCCUUUUAACUAUUCAAUGUUAAUAUAUAUGAUUAGGAAUCGGUGCCUACAACUGUUAUUCCUGAAACAACACCGAAAUCCUUUAAAACGAUGAGUAACGCUUUUCGAAAAGGAGUUCAGUAUAAUAUGAAAAUCAUCUUACGUGGUGAUGUCAUGACGGGCAAAUCAAAUCUAUUUCAACGUCUUCAAGGUGCUGAAUUUGAUAGUAAUUACUCCUCCACACCACAGAUUCAAGUGGCAAAUAUUCCUUGGCGUUAUAAAGAUUCAAAUGAUAUUGUAAAAAUUGAGGUUUGGGAUGUCGUAGAUAAGGCACAUAACAAAUCCAAUACAGUAAAACCAAAUAUGGGUAUUAAACUGGAGCAUAAUGAAAUGACUCCAAAAGAAUCAUCGCAGGAACAAAGAGAUGAGUCAGAUCCUUCAAUGGGAUUAGAUGCUACAACUGUAAAUGUGUAUCGAAAUACACAUGCUGCUAUUUUAAUAUUUGAUAUUACUAAACCAUGGACAUUUGACUAUGUAAAUAAAGAAUUAGAAAAUGUUCCUGAAACAGUAUCUGUUCUUGUGCUUGGUAACUUUUGUGAUAAGAUACAAGAGCGUAAAGUAGAAUUAGAUACAAUUCAUGCAACAUUAUAUCAGCAUAAUCAAGAAAGAAUUAAAAAAGGUGCAAUAAAACCAAACUUGAUUCGAUAUGCAGAAACUAGCAUGCAAACAGGAAUGGGGCUAAAAUAUAUUUAUGAAUACCUUGGAGUUCCCUUUUUACAACUCAUGAUCGAAUCAUUAAAUAAGCAAAUUGAAUUAAAAGCAGUAGAAAUUGUUGAUUUAUUAGAAGUUUUGGAUACAGAUGAUCAUGUUCCAGAUGAAAUGCAUAGAAGAAAAGGUCAAGACAAUUUUAAUCAACCUUCAGAUCUACGUCUAGCAAGACAACAAGAAGAAAUGAGAUCUGUUUGGGAUCAAGAGCUAGAAGCAAUUGCAGUAGAUCAUCCAACAAUAUUAGAUAAAACCGAAUCUCCACCCACAGAGCCUGUAAGAACAAUAAUAGAAGAUAAUAUUCAAUUAAUAUCAGAUGAAGUACCACCUGCUAUUGAUAUAGGGGAUGAAUUAGCUGAUGAUUGGUUUGGUGAAGAUUCAGGAACAAUUCAUCUACAAUCCUCACCACAACAAAAUGAAUCUGAUAAUGAGGGUCCUGGAAAUCCAAUGGUUUUAGACGAUGAAGAUAUUGAACCGACUUUAUUUUAUAACCAUGAGUCUGCUUCUACUAAACAAGACAAUGAAAAAGAAGAAGAAGAAGAACAGCCAUCUCACUCUUAUCAAUCAGCACCUCUAUUUAAAAGUGAUUUUAAUGAUAUAUGGAAUCGAGAGCCUGAAGUAAUAUCGAAUAGUGAAGAUGAAGAUAAUGUGAUACAUAGAGUUCAUUCAAUAUCACUUAUGUCAUCGCCACUUGAACAGAUAUCAAGUCCAUUUAUAGAUUCUCCAACCUUUCAUUAUGAAGAAAUUGGAGAAAAGGUUGAAGCAGCAACCGAAAACCCAUGGUCAGUUACAACAGAUGAUGAUAAGGAGAAUUCUCAGCAAAAACGAGAAGAAAACAGCUCUUCUAAAAAGAAGAAGCAUUCCAAAAAGAAGUCUAAUAAGAAGAAGAGACAAAAUGCGAACAAAUAAAUAAAAGGAAAAUGACUAUUCAAAAAGAAAAGAAAAUAAAAAAAAAAAAA